AUGACACAUGCAGAAAAGGUGGCUUUGCGCCAUGCAUCCAACAAGGCAGACAAAUCCAUUCGGUUUAUCGAUUUCGAUGACUUGCAGCAAGGUGUGCAUAAGCAAGGACUGUAUAUUGUGUUUUUUGGCGCUCAUUGGUUUAAUCCUAAAUACCUCAGCGUUCAGGAAAGAGUGGAUAAAGCCAACCUCAAGGACUUUGAUUUCCAAAUGGCCAAAGUAGAAUGUGCUCUGGAUCAUGAAGUUUACUGCCAUACUGUCCACAAGAUUGAAGGAUAUCCUACUCUUCUCGUAUAUGUAAAUGGAACGUUGCUGCACGAGUAUCCAGAUAGCGAUGAAGAGGAGCCGUUUUAUAAUUAUAUUUUGCGAUUUAUCAAAAAAUACUCUCCAAAAGUCCAAGAUACUUCUACAGAGUCAAAAGACAGGUCUCACAAUGUUCCUGGAGUCGAGAUUCCUACUUUGCCUGAUGCUGCUCCUGAGGAGGAUCUCACCAAGGUUCACAAGGACAAAGGCCACGAAGGAGAUAUUGAUGAAAAAGACGAUUUCAUUAUUGAUUCACAACCUAUGGCGGCUGACCAGUCCACUAUAUCCGAUCGACCUAUUCCACCAAGUAAUAUGGAAGCCGAGCUUCCUAUUGUUUUCGGUCAAGCAGAUAAUGCGCGAACAGAUCGCAUAGAUUCUUGGAGUACCGAUAUAAGCGUACCGAUUAGUUUUGCCAUUAUGGGAAUGCUUUUACUCUAUGUCAGUAUUGUUGCAUUCCGUGCAUUUGUCAAUCGGAGGUCAAAGUACCAUCGUCUCUCGUGA